UCUAUUUGAGGAUAAAGUGAUUAAUCAGAAAUUUUAUAGAUUGAUUAAACUCAGAAAUUCCAGACAUAGAAGUUGAACAAUAUCUAUAUAAUAACAAUCUUGAAUACUAUCCAACUUUCCAAUAAGAAGAAUUCAUUUAUUAUUUUUUUAUCUUAUAGAACAUCUCAAAACUAAAAAUGGGACUGGUACUAAAUAGGCUAUUGAUUAAUAAACUAAAAAGCUCGAAGAAUGGAUUUUCAGUUUAAGAAAUAGAAAUGGUUAGAAACUAGUAAGGGAAUUUAAAGUUAAGAAAUAUUUAGAAAAGAAAAGAAAAAGAACUUACAGAAAAAAAUAUCAUUAUUAAGUUAAGGUAAAAAAUGGCAGAUGAAAGAAUGUAAAUUAAAAGAAGGUUUUUUACUUGGAAAUAGGUAUACAAUAGAAUCUAAAAAUAGGCUAUUACAAUGUUAGAUGCAGAUUAAUCUAAGAAAGAAUGGAAUGAUUACUUUAGAAUCAAGGCUUUGUUAUAAUUAAAAGAUAAUUGA